GAGCAGCCGCCAGCAGCCGCCCACCCCAUCACCCCCCUGUCUCUCUCUCUCUACGUCCCUCUGCUGCGGCGGCGGCAGGAUGGCGGCUUCGACGGCGAGGACGGUGAAGGAUGUCAACCCGCACGAGUUCGUCAUGGCCUACUCCGCCCACCUCAAGCGCUCGGGCAAGAUGGAGCUUCCUGAGUGGGUUGACAUUGUGAAGACUGCGAGGUUCAAGGAGCUCCCUCCUUAUGACCCUGACUGGUACUACACCAGGGCUGCCUCCAUUGCAAGGAAGAUCUACCUGAGGCAAGGCAUUGGUGUGGGUGGCUUCCAGAAGAUCUACGGUGGCCGCCAGAGGAAUGGCUCCCGUCCACCACACUUCUGCAAGAGCAGUGGUGCCAUUUCACGCAACAUCCUGCAGCAAUUGCAGAAGAUGGGCAUCAUUGAUGUUGAUCCCAAGGGUGGACGGCUGAUUACUUCCCAGGGAAGGCGUGAUCUGGACCAAGUGGCUGGAAGGGUUGCUGUUGAAGCUUGAGCAGUCUCAUCUUCUGUUUGAGUUAUGUCUUGUUUGAUGGUUGAGAUGGCCGCUUUGAAUUAGGUCUUGUGCUGCCUAUUUUUGUUCAGAGAAUUUAAAGUUUAAUGCAUAGCUAUGGAGCAGCACUAUAUCUUCGCUGAAUAUCUAAUGCAAUAUCAGAACUCCCGGAACCAAAGAAAUUUGUUUGUGAAAUGUUUGAGCUGAGAUC